CAGGGUGGGCUGAGGCGGCGUCCAGGUGCUCCGAGAGAAGCGUGUGCCAGCGCAGCCCAGGUAACUAUGCCGCUCGUUAGUUCCUCACGGCUUUAAGGAGUCCCUUACUGAGACCUGGGCGUCACGACAGACUCCGAACAACACACCCAAACGCCUUGCCCUGAUACAGCUCACGUUGUGGCGACAGUGAAGGCGAACAGGGGGUCCAGGGAAGGCCUUGCUAUGGGAGCGACGCUCGAACAGACAUUGACGCAGGAACAUGGGCUACAGGGACGAUUUAGAGUCCCUGUCCCUUACCUCAACGUGAAGCCAGUCACGAAGCCAAUCCAGACACUAGCCCUUCUCAUCCAGCUCAUCCAGCUUGAACGCAAGCUCUGAGAGGCAGGAAGUGACUUAUUCACCGAUGGAGCGCCAGCUCCGGAACAGGGCUGGCUCCUGGCUCGGGAGUGGUAAGAACUGGGCAGAUGGAAGACAAGAUCAUGAAGGAGAUUUCUCACUGCAGAACUUCCAGUUUUUGUAUGAGGUACCUCUCCCUCCUGCUCAGAGCCAAUCUCAGGAUCGAAUCACAGACUCAUUCACUCCUUCCCUUCAGAAGCAGAACCGGCCAAAGAGGUCUACAGGGAUUUCAGACCAGUUCAAAUUAAAUCAUCCCAAAUUCCCUUUCAGUACUAAGUUUUGAAAAUCGGAUCUUCACUCACGCCUGCGCACAGGCGCACAACUCCAGGCUCCUCUCCAAAAAGGAAACUCCUUGACACGCCCCCGAGGCUCCACCUCUUUAAAUUUUAAAACGAAAUCUCAGGCCAAUGAACGUUAAGAGUCUCCCGGAACACAGCGCUCCACCCCCAGCCACGCCCUCCACCAAUCAAACUGACGUUUUCACCACCCUCCGGCCAGUCAGCAUCAAAAAUAGAAGUUGGUUACGUAGCUUACGUGAGGCGAGCAGCCAAUAGGAACUGACUUUGGGACUCACCUCUGCCAAUAACAGCAGCUCUUGGAGAGCGCGGGAGGCUUUCGACCAGGACGCUAAGGGGAGCAGAGAAUGGCGCUGGUUCUCUGAAGCAAGGCCUAGGGAGAGCGGCUUCAGCUCGUACCCGAGCAAGGACCUGCGACUCGUCCGCCAUGGCCUGCUGUCACAAAGUGAUGCUGCUGCUGGACACCGGGGGAGGCGCCGGCGUCGCUCGCCCCAGCCCGGUCCGGCGGGCCGCCCUACGCCUCCUCACCUACUUGAGUUGCCGCUUCGGCCUGACCCGGGUCCACUGGGCCUUCAAGUUCUUCGACUCGCUCGGGGCGCGGAGCCGGCCCUCUCGCGUGUCUAACUUCCGCGAACUGGGGGCCCGCUCCUGGGAGGACUUUGAGGACGAGCUGGAGGCCAGGCUCGGAGAGCGCGCCCCCGGCGCUCACCUGCCUGGCCCGGCGCCCAGGGCCACUCACACCCACAGCGCCCUGAUGGAGACGCUGCUGGACUACCAGUGGGACCGGCCCGAGAUCACGUCGCCCACCAAGCCGAUCCUGCGGAGCAGCGGGAGGAGACUGCUGGACGUGGAGAACGAGGCCAAGGAGGCCGAGACCGCGCUCGGAGGCUUCGGGAACGCGGUCUUCCUCCUGGCCCCCUGUCCGCAUUCGCAGAGGGAGCUGCUGCAGUUCUUGUGUGGGUGCGAGGCCCAGACUCAGCGUUCUCCUCCUACCCCUAAGCAGGCAAUGGAGAAGUUGCUGCCCAAGAGAGUCCAGGAACUAAUGACCGCCCGAAAAAUCGCCCUGUACUGGGUGGAUACCACCGAAUGGUCUAAGUUGUGGGAAUCCCCAGAUCACCUUGGAUAUUGGACAGUUUGUGAACUGCUCCACCACGGGGGAGGCACUGUCUUGCCAUCUGAAACAUUGAGCCAAGAUUUUGCUAAAGGUGGGGAAUUACUACUCAGGAGUGAGAGAAAGCUGUCAAGUGAACCUUACAUAUCUCCGUGGAUUUCAAGUCUGCCCACUGAUGCCACUAUAAACCGUUUGCUGUAUAAUUCUCCUGAGUAUGAAGCCUCAUUUCCACGGGUGGAAGGAACACUAUUUCUCCCUGUUGAAGGAAAAGAGAUUCAAGAAACAUGGAUUGUCACCCUAGAGCCAUUGGCCAUGCAUCAGAGACAUUUUCAGGAACCAGUCCAAAUUUUCCUAAGAGGCUGGGUGGUCCAGUGGUCUCUCCCAAUGAGCAGUAGUUUGGGCACUGACAGCUGGAUGCUAACAACUCCAGAGGAGACGACAUCAGCUCAAAGGCUGUUAUUUGAGCAGCUGGUAUGCAGGCUGACUGCUGAGGAGUUACAUCUGGUUGCCAGUGUGAACCCUGGUGAAGGCUGGCCCCCCAUCACUGGAGUUGUUUCCCCAUUCGCGGCCAAUGCUAUGGUUCUUACUGUGUUACACACAGAGGAGGCUGAAUUUCAAAGGCAUGUUCUGCAAACAGUUGUAUCCGAGGGUCCCCAGGAUACAAAUUCUCUUUUAUCAGAAGUUGUGGAUAGUGUACUGAAUCAGAUUCAUAAUUCACUUGACCAUCCUGCCCCUCCAGCUCCUCCUGUUCCAGAGUGGGCUCAGCAGGAGCUUGGCCGCACCCUUCCCUGGAGUCCAGCUAUUAUGGAGAAGUGGUUUCCAUUCUCUAACCUCAGUGGUGCCAGUUCACCUUUGAUGGAGUCAUUUUGGUUACUCCAGGCUGCCUCAGGUAGUAAAGAGGAAUCUUCCAAAACUGAAAGUGAAUUGACAUGUUACCUCACUGAGCUCUACCAAAGAAAAUCUCAUGAAGAAUCCACUGUAGCUAAUCAAGAAGACAACAAAAAAAAACGCGGGGUUCCUCGUACUCCAGUGAGGCAGAAGAUGAACACCAUGUGCCGUUCCCUGAAGAUGUUGAAUGUUGCGAGGCUGAAUGUGAAGGCUCAGAAGUUAAAUCCAGAUGUCAGUCCAGACAUGGCCGGGGAGAAGGGGAUACAGAGGACAGCUGGUGGAAAGAUAGCAGAUAAGUUGGAAGACAGAGGAAAAACAUUAAGAAGUUCCAGACCCAAAGAAUUUAAAACGGAGGAGGAGCUCUUAUCUUAUAUACAUGAAACCUACCAAAAGACUGUGGCCACAAGAGAAGUCCUUUUGCAUUCAUGUGCUCACAACAUGAUCUCAGCCAUUAAGGUGUUUCUAAAAUCUAAAGGCGCCAAGGAAUUAGAAAUGAACUGCCUAAAUCAAAUAAAAAGUAACCUCUUAAAAACUAGCAGAAGUCUUCGACAGAAUCUGGGGAAAAAACUGGAUAAAGAAGACAGAGUCAGAGAGUGCCAGCUUCAGGUAUUUCUUCGUUUGGAGAUGUGUCUUCAGUGCCCGUCGAUAUAUGAAAGUACAGAUUAUAUGGAGCAAGUCGUGGAGGAGGUGACAGAUUUGCUGCGCAUGGUGUGUUUAACUGAGGAUUCAGCCUACCUAGCAAACUUUCUGGAGGAAAUCUUGGGAUUGUACAUUGACUCUGUCCCAAAGACACUCGGAAAUCUUUACAACAGCCUAGGGUUUGUGAUUCCUCAGAAGCUGGCUGAUGUCCUUCCGACAGAUUUUCUCAGCGAUGACUCCAUGACCCAAGAGAGCAAAUCACCACUUUCAUCUGUGCCACUUCUGUCAAGUGCUCACAGGUCAGUGUUGGGCAGCACUGAAUCUGAACAACUGGAGGAGCUUCGUACCAGAUCGGCCAAGAAGAGAAGGAAAACUGCAUUAAUAAGACAUAAAAGCAUUGCAGAGAUUUCACAGAAUCUUCGACAAAUUGAAAUUCCCAAAGUAUCCAAGAAAGCUCCAAAAAAUGAAAACUCUCACCCUGCUUUGCAGCAGCCUCCACUCCCAGUAAAAGAUACAGUACAAGAAGUGACCAAAGUUCGAAGAAAUCUCUUCAACCAGGAAAUGCUUUCUCCUUCAAAAAGAUCACUAAAGCGAGGGUUACCCAGAAGCCAGUCUGUGUCAGCUGUGGAAGGUUUGGAGCAUAAACCUGAGAACUUAAAGAAGACCAAAGGUUAUCACAGACUGCUGACUAAGAGUGUGACCGAGACUCCUGUACAUAAGCAAAUCUCCAGAAGGCUGCUUCACAGGCAAAUCAAGGGCAGGUCCUCUGAUUUUGGUCUCAAUAUUGAAGUUGUUGAAGAGUCCCCCGAAAAAGAUGAUGAAAGAAGUUUAAGACGAAGUCCGCGAAUCAAGCAGUUGUCAUUUAGCAGGACAAACUCUGGUUCCUUUUAUCCUGUAUCUCAGCCGAAGUCUCGAAGUGUGCAAAGAAUACACUCGUUUCAGCACAAUAAGUCAGACCAAAGAGAACAUUCUCCUGUCCAAAGUAUUCGGUCUCCCAAGAGGCUUCUUUUUGGAGCAGUGUCUGAGAUGAUCAGUCCCUCUGAGAAGGGUUCAUUCCAGAUUAAAAGAUCUUCAAGAAACAUGUUGGAUUCUGGGAUAUCUACAGCCUACCAGACCCCCAAGAAGAGUUACCGGAAGUCUCUAAGCUUUCCUAAAACUACACCAAGGAGGUUCCCUUGCACAUCGGAGACUCCAUCGAGCAUGCCAGAGAGGCUGCAGAGAUCCCCUGCAGAAUCGACACCUGCAAAGCAGGCAGUUUUCAAGGAAUCCUUAAACUCAUCACUGGGCUGUGAGUCACCUGCAGAACCCACAGUCACUCCCGAAAAAGGACACUCCCUGGCAGGAGAGGCCACUCCUCUUGAAACACAGGCACCAAGGACUCCCCCAAGGAAAGGUGCUCAGCCACCUGGGUUUUUGCCCAGUUGUUCCUGGCCCCCCUCAGUGGGUUCUGGGCUGGAAAGCUCCCCCUGCCCAGCAUCCACCACCCAGCCCCAGAAUGAGUGUCUGACUCCUGCCCGGUACUCUCUCAGGACACCUCCACGAGCAGCAGCCUUCAUGGGCACGUCUCAGAAUAAAAAAUGCUGGCAGCCCUCUGUCCCCGGAGUCCUGCAGCCAGAGGAACCAGCACAGAAACCAAAGGCUAAAGCUGUCAAAACCCCAAGGAGACUAGAGAAUAAUACAACUAUGAAUUCUUCCCCACCUGAUUCCCCGAAGAAACUAUGUACCUCUCCUACAGGCGGGAUUUCCAAGAGUCCACCUGGCGUAGAGCCCCCGCUCUCCUAUUCUGUUGCUUCAACUCCCCCCCAAAUUGCACAGACAGCUACAACUGCCUCUAUCUCCUCACCACUGCCUUCCAAAAUUGGGAAAUGGGGUAGAAAGAUCUCAACUUCUGAAAGAAGCUCUCUGGAGUCCUACCCUGACAGCCCAGCUGCUGUCACAGACUCUAGAAAAUACUACAAGAAAGUGAGCCCCUCUCCUCACUCCUCUCCUGAAAGACAGAGUUACCUGAGCACUGGUUUCAGGGAUACAGCUUCUCCUUUGCUUAUUGCAAAUGACACUGAGUAUCUCACCGUCCUUGAUGAAACUGAAUGCCAUGACCUUGAUGACUUGCCAAGGGACAACUCACCAGUAAAAGAAGGUGAGGGGUUAAGGACAAUCGUUGCUGAUGGGAGGCCUUUUCUGUCUGCCUCUGGGAUUCCUCCAUCUCCGCCUUCCACUGGGCCCAGCUCUCCUCUGAUGCCUUCCUGUGACCUGCACUGUACCACAGACCGAAGGCAAUGCCAGGCUGCAGCCCAGCUGAGGAGUCUGCCAGCUUCAGCCCAAAUCCAGAAAGCCUCUGCCAGCCCAGAGACCUAUGAGGUUGAGCUGGAAAUGCAAGCUUCAGGCCUUCCCAAGCUUCGAAUUAAAAAGAGAGACCCCAGCUCUUCAUUAGAGAAUGAGCCUCUGAGAAGGGAGGAGAGCCCUCUGGGAGAGGAGAGCUCCUGCCCAAGUGUCAGCCUGCCCCAGGGCAGCAGGUCCACAGGCAAACCCGAACCCACCUAUGUGUCCCCACCGUGCCUCCUCCCCUCACACAGCACACCUGGCAAAAGCGGGGGGCAGACCUACAUCUGCCAGUCCUGUACCCCCACCCACUGCCCUUCCAGUACCCCUUCUCCUUUCCAGACAGAUGUCUGUGUUCCUUGGACACCAUCCCCCAAGCACAGCGGAAAGACAACGCCUGACACGAUUAAGGACUGGCCCAGGAGGAAGAGAGCAGUGGAUUGCAGCGCUGGCCCCUCUGCUGGGAGGGCUGAGGGCAGUGCGGACCUUCCCGGGGUGCUCCCGCUGCUAGAGUGUGAGGGAAAGGAGCAGGGCCUCGAACUGAGCAUCCACAAGACUGCCAUUUUAGAUUUUGAGCUUGAGGGGGUAUGUCAGCUGCCCGACCAAUCGCCCCCCAGGGACAGUGAGCCUAAGGCUGAGGAAGUUCCGUUGGAACUGUUUGGGACGGGCUCCAGGAAGAGACCCCUGUCUGCCAAGGAGGAAGCCGAGUACCAAGCCAAGCGGGUCUGUGACAGCCUGAGCGAGGAUGUGGACGUCAGUCAGCGUGGUGGGUGGUCCCCAAGUUCCAGUGUGCAGCUGCUUCCCUCCAUGGGCGAUGACGAGGUGUUCAUCUCUGGCUCCACCCCUCCUCCGGGCUGUGCCAUGCGCAGCUGCCUCUCCGCCAGUGGCCUGCAGGCUCUGACCCAGUCUCCGCUGCUGUUCCAGGGCAGAACGCCGUCCUCUCAGUGCAAAGACGCCAGAGAUGAGGAUGUGGAUAUAUUCCCCUCCACUGUGGAAGACUCUCCUUUCAGCCGAGCCUUCUCCAGGAGACGCCCCAUUGGCAGAACGUACACACGAAAGAAACUCAUCAGCUAGUCAGGACGAACCCGCUCGGAGGACUUGCAACUACAGACACUACUGAGCUAGAGCAGACCCACUGCAUUCCUGGACGUGAGUGCCCUGGCAGUGGUUUUCUCUGGACGUGUUAGGAAUUCCAGACUCAUACCAUAAAGGAAUCCUAGCAGUGUGCCCAGAAACAGGAAGAACCAGGGCUAAAGUUCACAGGAUGGAGGUGAAGUCAGCCAGGCUAUACCCCAGGGGUAUAAAUUAAGGACUCGGUUCCAAGCGCUUUGAUCACAGUCAGCUUUUUGGCUCCCACUAGAAUUCCUUAGGGGUUUCUAAACUCCCUUUGUGGAAAUUACACCUAGCGUCUGUCCUGAUCCACCCCUCAGGCCCUGCUCCUUGGGCAGGUGGAGGAAGUGAGGUGGAUGCACAGUGCCUGCUGCUGGUCUGACACCAGCAGCCAGAAGAGCAACUGUAAGGCUAGGAUCCCACUGCAGCCACACCCUGACCGUGGUCUUGUCAGGUCCAGAUGGACUUUCUGCCUCGCUUUUAAAAAGUAAGGCCCUAGGCAGGGGUCUCUCUGGGCACUGUGGUAAGGCUGGGACUCUGUAAGGUGGACAGUCCUUUGUAAACCGUGAAGCCCAAACAGACUAAAGACUGCACCAGGUGGUGGGUACACUGCAUUCCCCACGUACCAAUAAAAUUGUUUCUGGCCACUUACCAUUCAGUGCAUUCUGUUCAGUGCGUUGGCCAGAGGUUAACCAUGACUGGGGGACUGUCACCUGGCUUGCAGUUUCUACCUGGAGUGUCCCAGGCAUGAGCUGGACCAGCUUGCUGAUGGGCUUGGCCAAGCACCCAGCUAUAGCAAGGCU